CCCCCUUCCUCUCUAUCUGCUCCUACUUUCAAAGAAACCCCUCUUCAUUUAUAAAGAACCCACAAAAAGUAUCUCAUUCUCUCUACGUCACCAAGACUUUGAUCCCAGAUAAUGGACCGAAGUAACCCUUUCUAUCAUCGCGACCAUCAACUUUAUCACUUGAUCCAACAGCAACAGCUCUCUCUACCGCCGCAGAGCACGACGGCUGCGAUGGAUUCAGGUGUUGGAGGAGGCGAGAGAAUCCCUCAGUGGAGCAUAGAGGAGACAAGGGAGCUUUUGGGUAUAAGAGAAGAGCUUGAUCAGACUUUCAUGGAGACCAAACGCAAUAAGCUACUCUGGGAAGUCGUCGCCGCUAAAAUGGUCGACAAGGGUUUUGCCCGAAGCGCAGAACAGUGUAAGAGCAAGUGGAAGAACCUCGUCACUAGAUACAAGGCAUGUGAAACGACUGAACCAGAAGCUAUUACACAGCAGUUCCCAUUCUACAACGAGAUCCAAUCGAUUUUUACAGCAAGAAUGCAAAGAAAGUUGUGGUCAGAGCCCACGGAAGCAAGCAUUUCUUCGAAGAGAAAACAUCAUCAGUUUUCAUCUGACGAAGAGGAAGAAGAUCAAGUUGAGGAGCCAAAUCAAGACAUCAACGAGGAAAUAUUGUCUUUCAUGGAGACAGACAAGAAAGAGGCAGAAGCGGUUACUACUAGUACUUCUACUGAUCCAAGAAAACGUGUGAAAAAAGGAAAAGGUAUAUAUACAGGUGGUACCAAAGCUGAAACCGCGGGUAGUACACUGAAAGAAUUAUUGGAGGACUUUAUGAGGCAAACGGUAAAGAUGGAUAAAGAAUGGAGAGAUGCGUGGGAAAUGAAGGCGAGAGAGAGGGAAAAGAGAGAGAACGAGUGGCGGAAGAGAAUGGCUGAUCUAGAGGAAGAGAGAGCUGCCGCAGAGAGAAGGUGGAUGGAAAGAGAGGAUGAGAGACGGCUAAGAGAAGAAGAUAGGGCUCGGAAGAGAGAUACACUCAUUGAUGCUUUGCUUAAUAAGCUUGAUAGAGAUCACAAUGAUGAUCAUUAUCAACGCUUUUAAAUAUUGUUUCAUAGCUAUUUGAUUUAAGCAUGGAAUCAGUUAGCUAGUUCCUUAGCAAUUUAAAUCUCAUUUAAGUCAUAUCUAGUUAAUGUUUGUUUGAUUAGUAUAUGAAUAAUUGAAAGUUUAAUUCGAUAGGACUUGGGGGUCGAUGCUGGUUUGAUCCUCAAAUUCUGGUCUGCUCUCAUAGAAUGCUUUAAUUUCCAGGUUCUUUUGGGGAGUUUUAAAUCAGUGAUUGUAUAAAAGUGAGUUUUUGAAAAUAGUACUACUUCCUUCUGAUGCA